GGAGAACCCAACUAUAAAAAUCUAUCUGUUAUCUUUUAAUAUUAAGAUAUUUAUGAAAUAUUAACCAGAAAGGACUCAUUCUGUAUAGAGCUUGCAACACCGCCAUGUGGUUUCCCUCCAUUUCAAAACAAAAAAAAUAAAAUAUUGUUCGACGUUGGUUAGUUGGCAUCCAAGUUUAAGCAAUUGAUACAAGCCGAGACGUACGUUCGGACGUGCAGGAAAUAUUAUUGGUAAAGGUAUUGUCCACCAACAUCCUUUUAGUAGUUGAUAUGUCUACACAAGAUAUAGCUGGUUAUGUUAGCUAUCGUUCUGGUGUUCAACGUGGAACAGGCGAUUUGGCAUUGCCUACUGGGAACUUUCUGCAUCAACAACCUCCACAGCCAUAUACCCUUCAACAAACUUCAAACCAGCCACCCACUCGAGCAAUUCAGUUUCAGCAGUUCAUCAGUUGGAACCAAGGACAACCAGCCUCAUAUAAUAAUUCGUUUCAUCCACAAACUGCCAUGUAUGCCGCAGCUUCACCAAGUUAUGCUAUCACAACUGAUUUACGGCGUAUUCAAGGCAUGGAGACUACUAUUGGGUACUUGAGAGAAUUAUUAUCCAAAGAGUAUCAUAAAAAUAUAAAAGAAAGAAACACUGUUGAUAAAACAAAAAAAGAACUUGAAGUUGCACUAGAAGAUAAAAAACGGUUUCAAGAACAUCUCCAAGAAGCACUUGCAAAAAUUAAUGAAUCAAAGGCUGUGAAAGAGGAGGCAAAUUCUGCAUUGGAAGAAGUUUUAGCAGUACAGAAGGAAUUAUCUGCUAACCAAAAACAGCUCCAAGAUACUAAAAGUGAAUUAAUAACUGCUCAGGAAAGAAUAAGGAAUCUAGAGACCGAGAACACAAAUCUGGAAUCCAAAUUGGCUGCACUAUCCAAAGAGAAGAGCACAUGUCCCAGGUUAUCUUCAUCUGAACGAACAGCGGGCGAGGAAGCACAUCCUUGUGAUGAGAAAAAUGUUUUUGCAAACUUGAAGGCAGAGUACGACGCGCUUAAGUCCCAGUUCGAUGCAAUCAUUGAAAAGAAAAACACCGUGUCUAAUCAGUACAAAGAAAUGGGCAAAAAAUAUCUAUACAUGGUUGAGUAUUCCGGAGAGCAAAUGUAUAACGAGUAUGAGGAAAAACACACAGUCUUCAUCGAAAAAUUAAAAUCUUUAGGCCAAAACUCUGCAAAUGAAACCCAAUGCUUCAUGAUCAAACAGACACUGGAUUGCCUUCAGGGGCAGCUAAGAUUGCUAGAAAACUAUCGCGAGGACUUCCGCAUAACCAUCGAGUUGUUGAUGAGCCGAAUUGAUCAAGAAAUUGCCCAGGUUUCGGAUUUGAGUAUCCGUGCCCCAAAACCCCAGUUAGAAAUCCAAUUGGACACCUUCGACGCGAUGUUUCGACUGGUUGAGUGUAAUGGAUCUGUGGAACGAGACAACGAAGAGGAUUCUAGACGAACGACAUAAAUUGUCAAUGAAAUUCAUUUCUCUUUCCAUCAAAUUUUUUGGCAAAAUUGAAUUAUUUGAUUGUCGCCAUUUCUCUAUUAUCGUUUCACAAAGAAAAAAAUGUUAGCCAUGACUUGUUAGUUAUCUCAGUUAUGAGAAUUGAGGGAACGAAUACCUGUACCAUUUUUUUUUUUAAUUGAUCUGUACAUCUCGCUGCAUUACUUCUGUGCACAGAAAAUUAUUUGUUUUUCUUUCAUUUGUCGUCGAAUGUUUAAUUUCAGUGAACGAAUGAAUACAGACAUUAAAUGAA